AUGGCAUUUGCAUCCAAAGUUGGUGGUUCUGAUUGCUUUCGGCUGAAAACCCUUAAUGGAAAGUACACUUGUGGACGAAAUUACAGCAGUAGUCUUGCAUCAAGUAGUUGGGUGUCUCAGAAGAUUGUUAUCAAUAUUAGUAGGGGAGAGAAGAUGAAGAUUGCAACAGUAAUUCAGACCAUUCAGAAUAAAUACAUGGCUAAUAUUUCAAUCAUAAAGGCUUAUUGGCCGAGGAGAAAAGCGAGAGAAGAAAUACAUAGCAAGCUGAGAGAUUACUGUGUAGAGAUUAUGAGGACAAAUCCCGGGUAUAUUAGUCAGAUUUUGAUUGACAGGCCUUCAAUUACACACCUACCAAGGUUUAUGAGGAUGUACAUGUGCCUAGAUUCUAUUAAGCAAGGGUUCUUAGCUGGUUACAGGCCUAUCAUAGGAGUAAAUGGCUGCCACUUGAAGGGUGAUCAUGGUCAACAAUUUUUGGUGGCUGUUGAAAGAGAUCCGAACAAUAAUUAUUUUCCAAUUGCUGUUGUUGCUGUAGAGAUUGAGACCAGAGACAGUUGGAGUUGGUUUAUUAACCUGUUAUUGGAUAAUAUUGGACAUGUCAAUAGAGAAAAGUGGGAUUUAAUGCAAAUUUUUCAAGAGAUAAUACCAGCUUUAAAGCAUAGACUAUACUUGAGACAUCUGUAUGUCAAUUGCAAGAAAGCAUGUGGUGGUGUGACUGUUUUGAGGGACCUAAUUCUAUCAAUAGCUAAAGCUAUAUAUGUAGAGAAAUGGAAGAGGAGGAUGACUCAGCUAAUGCACAUCAACUAA